CUCCGUGAUGCGCCGCGGUGGUCACGCAGGACGGUGGGGCGCUGACAGCCGGGACGCUGCCUGCGGAGCUCGGUGAAGUGUGUCUGCCACCCCGAGCCUAACGCUGGAUUACCACCAGGCCGAGAGCCCUCCAGCAGAGGGCAGCACAAGCUCAACUCGCAGAUCAGGUCCCAGAGCAGUGAGCGCUGUCAGGAUUACUCCUUUAACAACCAUGAAAGUUUCUCCUGAUCUGAUUCCCUCUGCAGAUUUGGACCCGAGCAGAGUGUGCAAAGGGAAAGGCGUGGUGACCCUGAGGGCGACCCUCGUCCACAUCGACGACGACGACGGCGACGAGCCGAAUGUCAUCGCAGCUACAAGCAGCUGGACCGGCCAGAUUAAUGGAGACGGAUCCAGAGCAGGAGCCGAGGACGGCAGCAGCAACGCGCCUCAUUUACCUCCUGAGACCAACACCCGGUGCCAGGCCUUUUCACCCAGAAGCAUAAGCGAAAACGAAGCUGCUUCUCCUCCAGAUGCUCUGCACGUUAACCCCUCGGCUCCCGGUUGUGUUUAUCCCCGCACCAGUUCAGUCAACCCCACCAUCGUCCUGCUGCAGCACAACAGAGAGCAGCAAAAGAAUCUGCCUCACUUCGAAGAGCCGGCCCCAGACAAAGGCCCCGAUCCCAGCAGGGACUGUGUGAGUCCCGGCUCCGACAUGGACGGGACGAGGCUGCGGCUGUCGCUGCACUCCCCCGUCCGCGGCCCCAUAAGCAAACCCAUUGUGCCUGUUCGGAACACUGAAAAGUCCAAGGACUGGUAUAAGACCAUGUUCAAACAGAUCCAUAAAUUACCCGAGCCUUUUGAGGAAAACCCCUACCGCCCCACCUACAUUUUCCCCGAGACCUUUGACAUUCGCAUGACCCCAAAAGACGAUGGUCCCACCCCAUAUGUUUACCUGGAAGAUGGAAGAACUGUUCCGCGCUCUAAAAGCGACGACCUGGUGGACUCCAGAGGGAGACCGAUGCCGGUUCCAACUCGGUCCUCGUCUCUCAAGCCGUCUGCCACAAGGAGCGAGUGGGAGCCGCCGGAAAAGAAGGUGGACACCAGGAAGUACCGCGCCGAACCCAGGAGCAUCUUCGACUACGAGCCGGGGAAAUCAUCCGUCCUGAAGCUGGAGAGAACGGAUGUAAGUCCAGAAGAUGUAGAUUUAGAGAAUGAGCCUUGGUAUAAAUUCUUUUCAGAGAUGGAGUUUGACAAAGCGAGUGCCCCCUCCUUCAGCCCUCUGGAAACAGCCUCCGACCUGCAGCAGUACUCCUCUAGCAAGUCUGGACACAACGAGGUGGACAAGGACGGGGGGUCGUCGUCCGGCGACCCCGCCGCUCCAGAAUGCGACCGACAUGUUUACAAGAGCAUCCUGGAGGGCGGCGACAUUCCCCUGCAAGGCCUGCGGGCUUUAAACAAGCGCCAUGGCAGCUCCUCCUCCUCUAAAGUGGAUUAUAAAGGUGGGAAUGGCUAUUUAAUUUCACCCUGCUCCUCUGUAAAUAGUCGAACGGUUCUUGCCAGUAAUGCAAUAGGUGACCAGUGUAAGAGUAAGAAGCCCCUGUCCGCUGCCAAGGCCUGCAUACCGCAGAUCCUGCCCUCCAAGUUCAAGCCCAAGCUGCUGCCCCCCGGUGGUGACAGCCGGGACUGCAGGACCGAUGGCGCCAGACAGCCCAAGUCUCACAGUUGCGAGGAUAUCUACCCAGGGCGUUUUGGUGAAGAGGAGGACCGGGGCGUCUCCCCUGCGGUGAGGCGGAGCGCGUCCGGGUUCUCCAGCCUGUACCGCUCCAUGCAUCACAUCCAGCGGCCCAGUUCGGUCGGCUGCAGCCCGCACGGCAGCGUCCGCAGCCUCACCUCGCUGUUUGAAGCGGCCCAGAGCGACGCAGAGAAGUCGGUCGGGACUGUUGGACGGGACAACGUGUCGUCACGGGUCAGCGAGUUCGAAACGAUGAUCCGGUCUGGCGCCGCCCCCAGCCGCUCGUCGUCACUGCCCGCCCUGGACUCCGGGCGGAACCGCAGCCCCGACCGCGUGGCGUCUGCCGUGUCCGCCGAGGCGCUCCUGACAACCGAAGCCACAACGACGUACGUUAGCGCUGCGGCGGAGGGUGGAAACUCCAGGGUUUCGUCUCCGGAGGACGAGGUGGCUUCGUCAUCGGGGGAUGGACAGGAAGUGGAGCAGAUCCUCAGCGGAUCCAAAACCCCUCCGCUCCACCACCACCACCACCUGCACCACCUGAACCAUCCGCUCCUCCUCAAGCCCAGCAAGUGCAAAGGCGCCUGCCCAGCCUCCUACACCCGCUUCACCACCAUCCUGCGCCACGAGAGGCAGCAGGACACACCGGCUGCUGUGGAGAGGAAGGCCAUGCUGCCGGGAAACCUCUUCCUCAUGGGCCCGGCGCCCUUCAGGUUACGGAAGAACCCACAGCCGCACCAAACCCGACGGACGCUGUUGGCCACCAGGGUGACGGCGGGCGCCCAGAGGCCCCUCAUCCCGCGGCGGCUCUCCUCCCUGGAGGUCGUGGAGAAGCUGGAGGGCGGCGGGACGGAGCGACUGAGUAACGGCCAGGUGUUUGACGCCAACGGGAACCUACUGGCAGCUCACCAUAGAGACUCGUCCCCAGCUCAUGGGGAAAGCCAGGAUGAAGUGUUGAGGAAGCGUCAUGGGGACAAAGAGAAAAUCCUGGAGGAGCAGCGGCGGCUGAAGCGGGAACAGGAAGAGGCCGACAUCGCGGCGCGGCGGCACACGGGGAUUGUUCCGACGCACCACCAGUUCAUCACCAACGAGCGUUUCGGAGACCUGCUCAACAUCACAGAUAACGCAGAGAAACGGAAAUCAGGCGUCGAGAGAACUCCAGCCAUGGCACGCUUUGACUUCAGAGCAGAAAGCCUAAAGGAAUUACCGUUUCAAAAGGGGGAUAUUGUGUACAUAAUCCGACAAGUCGAUCAGAACUGGUAUGAAGGCGAACAUCAUGGAAGAGUCGGCAUUUUCCCACGAAGUUACGUUGAGCUCCUGCCUCCAACAGAGAAAGCCCAGCCAAAGAAAAGCGCCCCAGUCCAGGUUCUGGAGUACGGAGAAGCGCUCGCCCGCUUCAACUUUAAGGGAGACACAGUGGUGGAGAUGUCCUUCAGGAAGGGCGAGCGGAUCACGCUGAUCCGCAGAGUGGAUGAGAACUGGUACGAGGGGAAAAUCUCCGGCACCAAUCGGCAGGGCAUCUUUCCCGUCACCUACGUGGAAGUCCACAAGCGGCCGCGCGUGAAGAACGGCGUGGACUACCCGGACCCGCCAGUCAGCCACUCGCCGCAGCGCAGCACCAACGCCUCGCCGCAGCUGUACCGUAACCGCCUCACCACCUCCCCCCUGACGCUGCCCCGCUCCCCCCGCCGCUCCGUCUCGCCUGAGGUUCACGCCGUCUCCUCCGAGUGGAUCUCUCUCACCGUGGGUGGUGGCAGCCCCCCUGCCGCCCCGACACCCCCUCUGCCGCCGCUGCCCACCGUCUCCUACCGCUGGGGCGAGUACCUGCCCCCGCCGUACUCCGCCAGCCCCGUGCCCUACGUCUCCCCCAUGGCGUCGCCCUCCGCCUCCCCGCUGCCGCCGCCGCACCCGCCCAGGCCCGGCUCGGCCACGCCCUUUCUCACCUUCACUCCGCCGCAUGGGGAGGACUUCCUGUCGCGCAGCGUGAGCCCCAGCGGCGGGCCGGUGCUUGAAGGCUGGCUGAGCGAGGGGGAGAGCGCGGAGGGGGAGCGGGGCCGGGCGGCCCAGGGCAGCAGACAGAGUAGCCCUGCAGAGUUUGUGAAGAACGAGGCCGACCAUCUGGGUCGGAUCUCCAGGAGCCCUGUGAUGCCGUACGACAUCCAGGAGAACAACAACGUUAACUCGUUUGCGGAGGCAGUGUGUAAUGAGAUCUUGAAUAUUGCUGAGACCUCAGUGAGGUACUGCAGCACCCUGUCCCACCACCAUAAUGACUCUCUUCACAGACUGCACCCCCACCCCAGUAAACAAUGUCUCAUCAUUUCCCAGCAACCCCAGUCCCACAGCAGCAGCCCGGAGCCGAGCCGUCUCAGCUGUGGAAUUUUCCAGGCUUUGUACAGUUACGUUCCUCAGAACGACGACGAGCUGGAGCUGCAGGAGGGAGAUCUCGUCAGUGUCAUGGAAAAAUGCGAUGACGGCUGGUUUGUCGGCACAUCAAAGAGGACAAAACAGUUUGGGACUUUCCCUGGGAACUACGUGAAGGAAGUGAAACUGUAACAAUAUCUAAUCUGCCUGUAACACACGGUUGCCUGUCAAGCUUGGGGAAGUUAUUACUACUGCGCAUGGCUGCUGGGUAGAAUAGUCAUCUGGCCAGGCGAAUACGUUUGUCUGGGGAAGUGAUCGGUGCGGCCGGGGGGAUGUGGACGGACAGCGGAGGGGACGGCGCUCUCUCCGCCCAAACCGCCAUCACAUGUUACUCACUUCUGGGCAGAAUCCAUCCGUCUCCAACAUGUGGGGAUUACGUCACUCGAAUUAGCUGGUGUUGCACAGAUUAUAGCUUCCAGUACGUCCGUGUGUUUAUGUAGCACCUGGUCUAGAUCACCACAUCACAGUGGAUCUUAUUAUCAAAGAAGGACUUUGGAGGAGGGAAAAACGUGGCUCCCUAAAGGUGGAGCCACCUUUAGGGAUCAGAGGUGCGAAUCAUCAAUCAUGGAUCUUCUUAAUUUAAAAAUAUCAAAUUUACUUUCCAGAUGUGAAAUUUUGUCUGUCAAACAGACUUUUCCUCUUUAAUUCUGAUUGAAGAAAACAAUCAUUUUGAGUUUAAAGGGCAUAUAUCAUUAUUAUUAAAGAUGAUCUGUAAUGCUUCCUUGAGCAGGUUAUGGUAGGUCUAUGGCCUAAACAAACAUGUUCAUUACAUUUCUUGGAAAAUCUUUCUUAGAUGAUGAGAUUGUAGUCUGCUCAGUUUCAGAAUGAGCUGCUUUAGGGCUCUGUCACUUUAAAUCCAUAUAAGCUGCAGCUGGUCAUCCACCCAACAAAUCAACGUUUACACUUACUGCUGCAAACAGAUGCGUAAUUUUACAACCAUACUUUGAAAAGCAGAAGUGGAGCCUCCUGCACAAACAACAAGACUGCAUCAAGAGGCUUCAGACACUGAUGAAGAAAAAAGAUUGUCUGAGGCAGUUACUGGUAAAAGAAACUGUUCCAGCCUGAUGAACUUGGUGGUCUGGCUGUCGACUGCUUGCAGCUGUAGCUGUGUGUCAACUUUAAAUAACUUCUUAAUUUCAAUCUAAUUUUUCUAUUAUUUUCUAGAAUAUCUUUGUAGCAAGCAUGCUAACUCCAUCCUCGUUCCAUACAUUUGCCUUAAAACAGGGAAACAUGACUCAGCCAAACAUUUUCAUGUUUGGCUGCAUGUAGAUCAUGAAUGUCUUCGAAGGGCCAGUUGUUGCCGAAUGUAUUAAUUAAACUAACCGUUAAACUGUUGAAACUUAUCUACGUUUAAUUAGUACUUUUUAAAAUGUAAACAUUUUUUACUUCUUUUCACACUGAUGUAAUUUGGUCCUAUACAAAUGAAAACUGAUUUGUUUUUGAUUAAAUAAUGUUUAAGUACACAACUGGUAUCUUAUCAAUUUAUGUGGCUCUCUACACUCUAGCGGGCCACAUAAAUCGUCACGGUGGCCGGAUUUGGCCCGCGGGCCGUGAGUUUAAUACCUGUGCCUUAAAAUGUUCUUUUUUGUCAAGAAAACAAAAUAUUUAUGUGCAGAAAACAUUAUCUACAGUAACUAAAAUACGUUAUCCAUAUAUGGUUGUACCUUCCUGUUUUAGGAAGCGUGGCUUGAAAGUCUCGUUUUGUUUCAGAAAAUUAUCUUUUAAAGUUUAUUACUCACUUUGAAAACAAACAGAAGGUGAGGUACCUUAAAUAUUAAGUUUUCUGCCUCUUCAAUAUGAUGAUAUUUGCCCUUUAACCAUCUGCAACGUUAGCGACCCCUGCUGGAACUGGUCUGAUUUUGCUUCUUCUUUUUUUGUUUUGUGUUUUUUUUUUUUGGUUAUUUGAAAUCACCAUAAAUUCAGUGUUGUUGAUUUUUAGGGGAAUGUUAAAGCUGUUACACCUCUGUGUAAUCCUAACGCUUCAGAUACCGCUGCAGUAUUGCCUUGUUUUGUUUUUUUACCAAACAUUCUUCCUGAUGCAGUCGGGUGCAUGUGUAGAAACAACAAGCUUAUUUAAAAUGCGAUAUUUAGGCACAAGCAGCGAGAGCGCUGCGAAGGCCUAUUUUCUGUAUUGUUUCUGUAGCAAAUACAACACGGACUGUGUUGCAUGUACUCUACAAGUGAAGUUUUUGAUUUGACUAAGUGAUGCCUUUAGGUACCUAGUGAUCCAACGCCUUCAGCACAACUACCAGACGGGCGUAGUUGCACUUAACUUCCUGUUUGUCCCCAGCUUACAAGAUAAAAGCAGAUUAAUCUGAUGACCUACACUGCAAAAUCACAAUACUUUUGGUUUAGUUUCUAGUGUAGAUAUAUUAAUACACUUAAAAAUAAGAAAACUAACUUAGAGGUAACUUUUUAGAACGUUAUAGGAGCUUGUUUUAAGUUAACAAUUCCUUAAUAUUAAAGAAAAAGUUGUAGUUCCUCUGACAACUGGCUCUGUGCCAUUACCUAGCAACGCCAGUCAAGCACAGCCCGUCGCCUAGCAACCUAGUUCUACUUCCACUAGCAGAUUAUUUCAUGUGUAACAAUAAAUGUUUUCAAUAAGUGAAAUAAUCUGCCAGGGAAACUAGCACUU